AUCCAAGCAAGUUGAAUGUUUGAAAGUUUCAACUUCAUCUUGACCAGAAGCCACAGUCUCCAAGAUACCCAAUGCCGCAUUAUGGCCGAAUAGUCCUCCGCCCAUGGAGGCAAUUGCCUCUUCGAUAUCCCAGACAAUUACCCUCCCUCCAGCCUCUCCACCGACAACAAUGGCGCAACCCCGCCGAUUCUUCCCGAGGAGCUCUACUGCCUCCAACGCUCAACUAUCGUUGCUAUAGUUCGGCGAGCGCGUUUCCCUCCUCUACCGCGUCUGCCAAUGGAAACACAGCAAUUGCUCCUGUUACCGCCGUCAAUGCCCCUCCAUCCGUACCAGAACAUCUCCGACCUCUCUACCAGGCUCUGGAAGGUCUCAAGACACAUGCUGGGAGUUAUGUCAAUAUCAGCCGGCUGCAAUUGGCGCUUGCCGGUUUAAAGAGCGAGAAGCCGGCGUUGCGAGUUGCUCUAUUUGGUACGGCUGGGACCGAUAGCCCGAGGAAGCUGGCGAGGUUGCUGUUGGCAGAUUCGUUAAAAGAGGAAGAAGGGUGGGAGCGAGAGGUGGUCGACGACCAGAGCGGAAAUGCGGUGGUGAUUCGGUAUGGCGAACCGUCAGAUAUUGUACCGCCACGGAGUGCGAUCCCGACGACACUUUCUUCAUCACGCGUAUUGAGGGAUCAACGGCUGGAAAUCCUCGUCUCAAACCUGGAUAUCCUCCGACCCUCCACGUCAGACACGCCGACCGACGCCAUUCUGGUGCCAGCUGUUGAAACUCGGACGUCCACGACGGGCCUCACGAGUUUGAUUACGUAUCCGGUACAUCGGGCAAUUGUCGUUUUGGAAAACCUUGACGAUGUGCUGAAUUAUGCUCGAUACGUCCUAGCCCAGGAUAGCCGAGAUCUGCCACCGGAGAUGGUGAAGAUUGUGGUGAACAUGAAAGAGCGUGGGAUAGAUCCCGGCCCGGCCGGAAACUCAUCCUCAAUAACGAUGGUCAACCCUGAGAUCGCCCUUUCUGGGUUGAAAUCAAUACGAGAAUCCGUCGCCAAUGCUCCCGAGGCAACUCAACUACUCAAUGCCUCGAACCUCACUUCGCUCUCCGACUGGCUCACGAACGAUUCGUCCUCGACCUCACUCGAUCCAACAAUUCACACCCUUAUAACCUCCCUAUUAUCCGACACCCUCCAUACCAUCAACACCACUCCAUCAACUCUAUCCCCCACAUCCUCCCCUCCCAUUGACUCAACAACCCUCAACACCCUCCACCAAGCCCUCUCCACUUGGUCCGCCCAAGCCCACGCCCACCACCAAUCCGCUCUUCCCCACCUCACCACCCUUCCCCUCUCCCGCCUCUCCUCCCCUCUCCUCCUUCUUCUCCCCCUCCGCAUUGACGACGUCCGCUGGAUUCUCGAAGACGCCGUCUCGCGGCACUACCUCGUCCAGCCCGAAAAAGAGCUAAUCUACCUCACCGCCCAGCUCACACGGCUCGGACUCAUGCCGGAGGUGCCGAUACUCAGCGAGGCGGAGCUGAAUGCGCAGGCGCGGCGGAUGGCAUGGUCGGAUUCCGAGGCCGGUGCCCAAGGGAAAUCGACCGAAGUCAUACCCGAUACACCGUCCGAGACCCCCCGCACAUCCCUCCUGCCCCCCUCCACCAAUCUAACCGCCGCCACCUCCUUCGCGACCCUCGAAUCCCUCCCCCUACCACAGCUCCCCACCACCACCCACUCCCCACACCACCUCACCAAUCCCCUCAACCUCCCCCCUCUCUCCCGCACCCACCUCCUGCACGCCAUCCCCUCCCUCCACCGCCGCGCUCAAUCCCUCCUCACCACCUUCCUCACCACCACCUUCCUCACCACCUCCCUCGGCGCCCUCAGCUACGUCUCGUUCGCCAGUGUGCGCGCCACCGAUGCGGUCGUGAUCGCGGGGCUGGGAGCGGUAGUGGCGGCGAGGCGGUUUGUGAGGGGGUGGGAGGGUUGGGUGGGGGGCUGGGAGCGGAGUGUGAAGGAGGAGGGGAGGAGAUAUGUUGGAAUGAUUGAGGGGGUGGUAAGAGAAAGGUUGGAGAAAGGGGGGAGAGAGAUGGAAGGGAAGGGGGAGGGGGAGGAUGGGGAGGUGAGGAGGGCGAGAGAGGCGGUGGAAGGAGUAGGGAGGGAGUUGGAGAUGUUAAGAGAAAGGAGAUGA